CUCAUCCAUGUCUGUCCCCAUAGGAACCAAACUCUCUCUGUGUUUACAUGCAAUAAAUAAAAGGAGUCUUUGUUGUACCAUGUCCUGACAAUCAGCCUUUAACUACCAGCCAUGCAGGACACUGGAGAUCUUGAGGCCCAGCUGGCCUGUAAAGAAAGGGAAUGGAAGGAGCUUCAGACCCUACGUAUUCAGCAACUGGAGUCUGCCCUGGCUGAGGCCACAAGCGAGCUUUCCAACCAGAAAGAACGCUUCCUACGCUUACGGAAUGACUUUCAGUAUAACCUGCAGGUGCUGGAGGAGCGGGACCGUGAGCUAGAACGCUACGAUGCAAUGGCUGCACGUAUCCAGACUGAAGAUAGUGCUCGGCAAGCUGAACUUAGUGAACUGAAGAUAAAGCUAGCAAAAUUACAGGACGUCCUGGCAGAGGCAAACCGACAGAAAGAGGAUCUGCAGGUUCAGUAUCAUAAGAGGGGAGUGGAGCACCGGCUUCAGUUGGAGAAAGUACAGAGUGUGAAGGAGAAUGAUAUUCAGACACUUAGGGAAGAGAAUGAGACAUUAAGAUGGGAUCUCCAGCGACGGAUCCAGGAGUCAGAUGGGGAGCUGGCACUGCAAAAACAGGAAAUGAUGGCAGACUUUGACAGUGAGAUGCGGAAACGGGAACACGAGUUUAACUUGAAAAUGGAUGAGAUGCAUAACGUUGUGCUGUCUGAUGAACUCAAGGUGCAGCUUCUAAACAAAGAGCUGGACAUCCAUGCUAAAGCUCGCAGAGAGGCUGCCAAAGCAUUGCAGCUGUCUGAGCAACUCUGUCAGCAAGCUCAGAAAGAGAUCCAAAACCAGGACUGGGAGCUCAAGAACACAAUCGCAGUCAAAGACUCUCGGUUGAAAGAAUUGGAGGCAAAACUGAAAGAAAUGAAAGCAAAGCAUAAAAAAGAAGAAGAAGCCAACAACAAGAAGCAUGCAGAGUUGGAACGGAGGGCUCGGGAGAGAGAGACUGCUCUGGAGGUCAUGAAGGAGGCACAUGCCGCUGACAUUCACGAGGAGAAGAGGAGAACUUCACAGCUCCAGAUGCAGCUAGAUAGCCUGAUGCUGGAGCUGGAGAAGAAUCAGAAAAGCCAUGCAGAUGAUCUGGGGUAUCGAGAACAGCAGAUACAAGCACGCCGUGCACAACUGGAGAAGACACAGGCUGGCUGGGAUGCUUACAUCACGCAGGUCUCCAAAGAAACAGUUGCCAAGGACACAGAGCUGCUGUCUGUGAAGGACGGAGAGGCUAAAGUCAGAGCAGAGCUACAGAAAUGUAAAGAGGACCUGGAGAUGUAUAAGGAACAAUUAGCCAGUGGGGUUCAGAGGGAGCAGGCUCUGGAGCAGAAGCGAGUGCAGCUGGAGCUAGACUGGGAGCGGCGCUAUGAGGAAGUACGUGCUGAACACUACCUCAAGUGUGAAGAGCUAAUCAAAGGCCUGACCCAGUCCAGAGACCAGGUAAAUGCUGAAUUGAAGGAAAAGGAGAGAGAAACGCAGAUGACUGCUGCACUGUUGAAGAGCGUGACCAUAGAGAGAGACCAGGCACUGCGUAUGGCCAAGCUUACCUCAAACUCCAAUUUUCAGGCAGCCGAAAUGGAGAGCAGUGGUUUUCUCUCAGACGAGAUCCAGCGGCUUCAGCAGCAGAACGGCAGGCUGCGGGAGGUGAUAGCUGAGAUGAGAAAACAAAUGGAGAGCAUUAGUAAAGAAUUACCUCGUCCCCAGACCCCAGCCAAAACUCAACUCGGUGACCCUGCACUCUUAACUGCAGGGGCUACAGAAUACAACCAAGCCUUGGAGGAAGAACUACAGAACCUGAAGGCGAAAUGCAGAUCCCUUGAAGACCAAUUAGAACAAGCUUUGAAGACAACUAAUUCUAUUGUCACUUCUGCACCUGUGCACCCUGUGGCCCCUGACAAUGCCUACCUUCAAAACCACAUCAGAUCUCUCAACGAAACCAUAGGCGGACUGCGAGCUGAAAAAGUAUCCAGUGCUGCAGCAUUAAAGAAACAGGAAGUAAGACUGGCCCACUUGGAGUCAAUUGUGAAUCAGCUUACACAACAGUGUCACUCAAGACAAAUGGAAAAUGAGGCAUUACGGUUGGAACUGGCCAAUCAAAAGAGAGGAGCAGCAGCUGAAGUGGAACGCUUGAAGCAAAAACUGACUGCUUCAGAGAUGCAACUGGAGGAAGCAAAGAGAGAGGCAGAAGAGUAUCAAAAAGGCAGUCUUCUUCAUAAUCUGGAAACAGUUGCUCUGGGCAACCAGGUGUCUGCACUGAAACUGGACAUUGCAAGCAGAAAAGAGCCUGUGGUACUUGAGCAGAGUGAGAUGGUAAAGCAGCUUCAGGAUGAGAAUCUCAGUCUGAGGCAGCAACUACUGGUACAGUGUUCUGGCGGACUGGGUGAUGUUGGGGAUGCCCGUCAGCUUCAGUACAAACUCAAACAGGCAGCUCGCUGGAUCUCUUGUCUCAGCCGGGACAAACAACAACUCAUUGAGAUGGGCAACAGACUCAGGGCUCAGCUGAUAGAGGCAGGGCUGUAUGUUGCUCAGCAUUUGGAAACAGGAUCCAAACCCACCCCCAGCAAACCUGCGCCUGACACCCAGCCUCACAGUCGCUUGUCUACACUAGAACAGCUUCAGUACAAGCUUACAACUCAGGAACUGCAAUAUGCACAAAGAGAUCAGAGUAAGAACAAGCCUAUUAUAGUCCGGCCCCAUUUGUCGGGGAGCGAGAGUGAGGCCAGUAACAUCAAUCCAUGGGACCUUACAACACGAGUCCAGCCUUUAGACAGUAAAGAGAAUACCCCUCCAGUGCUGUCUCAUCAGACCAGCUGUCCCCAAACCCUACUGUCUUCUGUGGGUACUGAUGCGUCUCUGCAGGACGUAUGGAAAAUGGUAGAACGUGGUUGGAGUCCAGCAAUGCUCACAAGUAACAGUGAGGACCAAGAUGGAGUUGCUUUAUCAAAUAAAGCUGAACAGAACAGAAGUUCUCCGCCAGCAAGAGUUCAGGGCUGUAAAGCUAAUGUCCAGGAAAGGAGGAAACCAGCCAAGACUACGUCUGAACCUGUUAAAAAAACAAAACUAGGUUUUAAAGCAGUCAAGGUUCGGAAUUACAACAUUAAAGACUGAAAAUAAGCUAACGUGGCAAAUUAACUACAAAGUUUUGAAAAUAAGUUUUUUUAGCUCUAAAUAUUUGAUAUAUUUGUCACUCUAGCUUCAGAUCCUUACAUAUGCAAAAUGUAAUAUAGGACAAGGGAAACGUAAAGAAACACUGUUUUUAAAUUAUUGAUUCAUUGCUUGAAGGAAAUGAUACCUAUUUAUUUGCAACACUUAUAUCCCCUAAAUCGUAACUGCUGACCUAAACUAAACUUAAACACUGCUUCUGCCACCAACAACUACGAACAAAUCAUGUUUUUUGCAUAAUUGCGUAAAACCAAUAUGAUUUCAAGGUUUUAAGCUUGAACUGCUAGAUAAGGUUCUUCCUAAAGCAUCUCAAUGGGGUUCAAGUCAGGACUUUGACUAAGUCUUUCCAAAACAAUAAUUUUGAGCUAUUUGGAGCUGGACUUGCUUUCGUGCCUUGGACUGUUGUCUUGUUGCUUAGAAUGAGUUACCACUGUUCCAAGUCUCAUUUUAAAGACAAUUAAUUACAAUUACUGUGAUCCACUUGAGUCUGACAGCCUUGAAAAUUGGUUUGUAAUACUUUGUAGAUAUAUUUUGAAUACCUUUGUUUUUCAUCUUGUAUUUCUUUUAAUUUUUGGCUGCUUCUUGAGACCUUUUAGGGCUAGGUGGUGUUAAAUAAACACAAAAUACAGCUUUAAAUGAUUAUUUUAUUCAUCAGAACAGUUACUCAGCUGUUAUGAUUGUCAUUUUUUUAAUUGGAUAAAUAGACAAAUACGCAAAAAAAUAUUUAGAAAGAGGUAAAUACUUUUCAUUGAACUGUAUAUUGAUAAGUGUUAUGUUUUUUGGUGAUAAUGUUUGAAAAUAAAAUAUUUUU